UCUCACCCUCUCACUUUUUGCUUCAUCUAUCCUUUUCACCACUUUUUACACCUAUCACUUUCACCACUCCAACCCCAAUUCUCACCCUAAUUCCUCCCAACUUUACCAUUCGAAAAUUUUUCCCCUCUACAAGAAGACAAAAACAUAAACAUAUAUUGUUCUACUUGUUGUUCUUCAUCCACCAAGACAAAGUGAAGCUACCAUCCACCAAGAGAAAGUGAAGCUACCCUCCACCAAGCAUACAUAAUAGCUAUGGCUCAGAGAAUGGUCAAUCCCGGUCCAAUCGACAGUUCUGUGCUUACAAUGCAACACAGUCACCGUUCACGAUCAAUUUGGACAGAUGUCGAUGUGGCAAACAAUGCACAUAUUAAGUGUUGUCGCUAUGACGGGACUUUGCCUGAACCACGACAUCACGGAAUGAUCGAAAACUUGCGCCUGAGCGGUUUUUAUGGUGUGUCGCUCAUUGACCGCGUAAGGUUAGAUCAUUCGUUGAUCUUGGCACUAGUUGAGCGUUGGCGUCCGGAGGUCCACGCCUUUCACCUACCAUUCGGUGAGGUCGGUAUAACACUUCAAGAUGUUGAAGUGUUAUUUGGAUUAAGGGUGGAUGGUCUGGCUGUUACGGGAGGACAGCAACGGACAAAACAACAAUGGCAGGUUCUGUGCAACGAAUUGUUGCGUUUCUCUCCUAACAAUACAGAUUUCAAGGGCCAAAAAAUAAGUAUGCUGCUGCUCCCGAACAUUCCCGAGUUGACAGACGCGAGCACCGAAGAUGAUGUUGCGUUUGCAACGCGCGCGUAUUUAAUACGCCUGCUAGGGGGGUUUCUUUUCCCAGACAACACUAACAUCUUGUUAAAUCUUAACUUGCUGCCGUAUCUGGAAGAUUUCGAAGUCUGUGGUCAUUACAGCUGGGGAUCAGCUGUUUUGGCCUUUCUGUAUAGAGCUCUGUGCUGUACUUCGGAGCACGGCAGAUCUCAUGUGUGCGGGUGUCUACUCCUUUUGCAGAUUUGGGCGUUGGAGAGGCUGCCAAUGGUACGACCUCAGGGCAUUCUACCCGCACAUGUCGGACAAGACUUGCCACUUGCAGCACGGUGGGGAGGACCACAUGAUUGGGCAACUGUACCGAACCACGUGGUUCGUGCAUAUCGCGACCAAUUAGAUCGCGUCCAAACUGAUAGUUUUGUCUUCCAACCCUACCGUAUACUUUUGCACCACUUGCCCGAUUAUUGCAGAGCUGGGGAAGAUAUAUGGAUUGCCGAAGUCGCGUUGAUUUUCGGCUAUAUUGUUGAAGAGUAUUUCCCCUCACGCUUUUGCAGGCAGUAUGGUGCUCAACAAAAUGUCCCGCCCCCCGUGCAAUACAACCAGCAAUUGCACGCUAUUGACGGUCGGACAAAUAAUGCAGCGCAAAUUAUCGCGCCAUAUAUCAAUAGGUGGAACCAUCGCCACCAAUAUGUAUUCGCAAUGUUCGUGAUGGACAACCCAGAUGCAACGCGCGAAUACAGGUUAUGGUUCCACGCGCAUGGUCGUCGCCUUAUUGGUAACCCACAACACCACCAAGAUCAGGGUUACAUCCAAACUGCGGCAUCAUUAAAUGACACGAUGCAUUUUCUCAGCCAAAUGAACUUGGGAAUGGAAGAGGCUGGCGAUGAUCCGCAGCGUCAAUCGGACUGGUGGCGGCAAUACCGUGUGGCCUUGCCUGCGCAUGUUGAACAAGCCGGGUACGGUUUUCUACUGGACUUCCCAAAUGAAAUGUACAACGUGGAGCCAGUGGACGCACCCGUUGGUCCUGCUCGCCGAGAUCGACGACGUGAGCAGGACCAUUUGCGUGGUCAACCGCAAUAGGGCGGGAGGCAAAGGCGUGUUAGGGUACGUGAAAGCAUGGAUGCUCCCGGACCUGGAAUGCAACAUCCGGCUGCGGCGGACAAUGUUGUAGGGGGCGAUGUGGAUGUACUUGCCCUUACAAUUGUCCCGGGGCACGGUAGCGGCGCGUUUCAAACGGGUGGAUACACUUCAUUUGAUCAACCCGCUCAAUUCCCGCACCAGUCGCAGGGAUCGUUUUCCCAAAUUUUUGACCCCACCCAACCCUCCUCUUCUACUUAUCCGCAAGCCCAAUAUUACCCACACGGCUAUAACGCAUCACCCUACCACCCAACUCAGUUUUGUGAAAUUGGGGAAUCAUCUGCUCAGGGUGGUUUGAACAUGGGACAGCCGAUGAACCCAACAGACGACGACGACCAAGUUUUUUUUUCUUAUAUGAAUAACACCCGUCAAUGGCUGUAAAUUUUAUUGUAGCUUGAAUAUUCGAUAAUUAAUUUCUCUACUGCAAUAUUUUUUAGUUUAACAACAUCAAUCACAAUAGCUAAAUUA